AUGAAUCGAAUCGUUUUUCGUCGAAUCGUUCCUUUCGCUAGUUUAUCAUCGAUCCAGCUCUUCUGGAACGAGAAGGAAUCGAGAAAUGUGUUGGCGAAAGAUAGAAGCUACAUAAUCGAAGAUUCCUUUGGAACGAUCGAAUAUUGGAACUCGUACAAGAAAGUGCGUUUAUUUGGGUAUUUCGGCUGUCCUUACUGCGCCAAAGUAAGGGCCUAUCUUAAAUUUCGAGGAAUUGAUUACGAAGACGUCGAAGUCAGCAUUGGCAAGCCAGAACUCAAGGGUGUUAUUGAAAACUACUCACAAGUGCCCGUUCUUGCCUUCUACAAUGAUAACAGUAGCGAGCCCGACGCAGUGCUGAAAGACUCCGGAGCGAUCGUAUCGACUCUGGAGCAAGUGCUCCGAGGAGUGGCCGAGCCGAUGAACGAAAUCACCAAAUACUACUUCGACGAGAAAGGCAAAUUCAUCAAGAGCAAGGUGCACACCGAUCCCGAUGAAAGAUGGACAGAUCCAGACAGGAAAUUCGUUCAAGACGGAAUUCUUCACACGGUGGCGCCAAAUUUGUACCCCGCUGAUUUAAGAGCCAUUCAAAAUCAGCUCAAAUUUCUGGAAAGAUCCGACAAUUACAGAGACACGUUGACUGGCAAAGUAUGCGCUGUUGCUGGUGGCCUUGGACUGAUGUUUAUUGCUUGGUUCUGCAUCUUCCGCGUUUGGAAAGAGUUUCCAGAGCAGACGCGCGAGCAAUACUGCCAAAGCCAAAUUGCUAAAUUUCUGGAGCGAAAGGGAGAAGAGCGUUUCCUCGGCGGAGAGCGGCCCUCCAUCGCGGAUAUCGAAGCUUUUGCAGUAAUCAACUUGACGGAAGGAACGAGCGCUUGGGAGCAGUACGAACAGAGCCCCGAGCUGAUGCAGUGGUACUACUCAGUUCAGCACGCGGUCGACACUCAUCAGGGCAUGCUCUAA